ACUGUGGUUUUACACGAGCAAUGAACAUGGCGGAAGAAUUGAGUAGCUAUUUACACUGAAAAAUCUUUAAAAAUCCUUCGAAACCUGGUACAUUCUCUUCUCUACGGCUUAUCUUAAAGGAUCCUGUAACUUUUAGUCUACUUUGAAAUAACAAUGGCCAUCGCGAGCAGCUUCACAGAGCGCAUCAACAUCAUUUCAGCGCUGUUAUUGUUCGUUUGUGUCGCGAAUUUUGUCAACUGCAGUUUCUACGAUGACGAACAGCAAACUGAGAAAUACACAGAAGCUGUAUUGAAUAUAACAUUUUGUGGCAGACUCGGUGAGAAAUGUAAGAUAAAGCCGUUUGAUGGAAAGGGAAAAUUUGGUAGUAACAGUCCGAAACGCAACGAGAAGGGAUGGCUGUAUAGUUUGAUGGGAAAUAAUGUUAAUGGUUGUAACGUAUUUAACGUCGCGGUGGACAGAAAGCCAUGGAUUGCCCUCAUUAAAAGGGGAGUGUGUAAUUUUAAGAAUAAGAUCAUAAAUGCUCGCAAUCAUAACGCUACGGCAGUUGUUAUUUACGACAACAAGGAUAGCGACGAGGUUGUCCAUAUGUCACAUGUUGGGGCAGAUACGAUUGUUGCUGUCAGUAUAAAGAGGAAUCUUGGAGUCGAGCUGGCCGAUGCUCUCGUCAACAGAACCAAAGCUGUGUAUGUGGAGAUUUCUGUGGGUGAAACGAUUUCAAAAAAAAGAUGGCAAGUGAAUCCGACAUCUGUACUGUUCGUCUCGGUGUCCUUUAUUGUUUUGAUGGUGAUUUCGCUUGCGUGGUUGGUGUUUUAUUAUGUCCAAAGGUUUCGGUAUGUCCAUGCACGCGACAAAACCGAGAAACGGUUAACUUCUGCUGCCAAAAAGGCUAUAGCUAAACUUCCAACACGCACUGUCAACAAAAAGACAGAAGAUGAUGAGUCUGAUAACUGUGCAGUGUGUUUGGAUGGUUACAAAGCUGGCGAUGUUGUUCGUAUUCUGCCUUGCCAGCAUGAGUUCCAUAAGUUGUGUAUCGACCCAUGGUUGGUUGAGCACAGAACUUGUCCAAUGUGCAAGCUCAACAUCUUGAAGGAAUUGGGGCUGCCCAGUGUUGAGGAAAGUCGCACAUUAGCUGUAGAAGUUGGUACAUCAGAACUCCCUGAUGAGGACCAUCGUACUGCUGCUGACAAUCCUGGUGUGGUUAUGAAUGAGAUUGAACCUUCUGUUAGUGAGAGGAGGCCUAGUUCUGAUGGUUCAGAAAGCUCCAGUGUUUCUGAAUCUGGCCGUGUGCUUCGUGUUAGUGCAGAGGUGAACUGGGAAAGAGAUUCAUCAAGUUCAACUUCAAAUUUGGUUGAAAUACCUUGAUCUAAGAGCCUAACCCUUUAAUUCCCAAGAUCUGAUUGUUAAAUUCUCUCUUUUGGAUCCUACACAUUUCCUGGUAAAUUAGUUAAAAGAACUUGGUGUCAGAUCAAGACAACAACUUCUAACUGAUAAGUUUUAGUAUUCUCGUCACCUGUUUGCUGGUUAAUGUAUGGAUAUUGUAGGGAGAAGUGUGUGUAACGUGUUAAUCACUUCUGGGAGUUAAAGGUUUAUCAAAUCAGUUAUCAUCAAUUAGAAUUGUUGUAUUGAAGAUUGUGUAUGUCAGGGGUACGUGUAGAUAUUGCGUGUAUAUUAAGUGACACCAUCCCAUCGAUAGAAUGGUUACAUGAAAGGAAAAAUUUCCUUUAACUGUGCAAAAAUCAGAAGUAUUUGUGGCUACUACUGUUUGGGAUGAAAAUCAUUGCAUCACCUCCUUUGCAAUCAGGAAUGAUCAAAAUGCUAUCAACAGAGGUGUUUUUCUUUUCUUUUCUAUUUUCAAGGUAGCUGGGUUUCAGACACAAUUUUUCCUAGAUGAAAUCCAAAAUUUUUACUUUAAUCUUCUGCUUUUUUUUUGUAUCCCUUUUUGGUAGUAGGUAAUACAAGUGAUUAAGAUUUUUUUUCAUUCAUAAUACAUCAGAUUAUUUCGUUCAUGUUUCCAGGUAGUUGCUGUGUUGUAACAAAAAAUUCUUUUUUCACAUCAGAUUGUUUGUGUCAUGAUAGCUAUGGUAACAAAUGGGUGGCUCUGUAUUGUUUGUAUAUAACUCCAGAAAACAUUUUACAAAACAAAAGAAAAAGGAGUGGUCAUUCCCUUUGGAUUGCACAAAAAUCUUCCAUUGUUUAGUUAUUUUUAUCUAUUAGUAGCUGUAGAAAACUGUUAUUAUCAACAUAAUUGUUUUUAUUAUUAUUAUUGUCGUUGAUAUACUUGGAGUGCUUUUGCUCUUACUAGUGACCAUUAAAGAAUUUCUCCUCGCAGUAUCGAUACAUUUUAAAGCAGGAAUGUGAGAAGAAGAACUUAGAUUAUCAACUAGAGGAUGAUCUUUGAUUGAAGGCCAGUUUCACGGAGCAAAAAUGAAAAUAAAUGUAGAAGAAACUGUGUGGGUAAUUGGUUAUUUAAAUCUUAGGAGUGAUAGGGAUAGAUAUAUUCGCAAGGGAGACAACAAUUAUUGGUUUCAAGGCUCAAUCACAAAGGCCAAUUUAACAUAAGAAAAAUCUACAGCUCAGUAACUGACCUUUUUUGUGUGUUUCUGGGCACAGUUGUGGACAAGUUGAUACUUAAAUAGGGGAAUGCCAAAACCAACAUUAUUUUACUAACUAAAAGUGAAAACUACCAACAUGAAGAAAUCUACUCAGAGUAGGAAAGAUUUUUAACUUUCUUUCUUAAUUAAGAAAAUGAUGGUAGAAAUGUACUUUUUUGUUGGAAAUGUAUGUUAUAAUUUAUUUUAGGAAUGCUUUUUGUUGAGUAAAUUAUUCUUGUGAUAUUGAGUAAUUUUGUGAUAACCCAGUGUUAAGUUGGACUCUGUGUGAGGAUUUGUGAUGAGUCAUUUUCAAAGGCAUAAAUUCCCUACAGUGUUUGUCCAAACGCUUUUAACUAGAGGAACUUAGUUGUGUCAUAGAGUAUUUAUAAACAUUCAGAAUUAAAUGCAGCUUGUCAUUUUUAUACCUUCACUGAUAAUCUCAAUUAAUAUAAUACUUAGAUAACAAGAUCAUUUUAAAUUGAGCUGGAAAGUUCUUAACUAAACCUUUAAGCCCUGGUCAACCUGCAACUUUUAGCUAGGUUUUUUAAUUUUAUUUUAAUUCUGUUGAUAUGGUUCAGGUAUUACUUUAAGAAAACUUAGGUAUCAAUGUAUUAUUUUGAUGUUGGUAUUGUCAGGGCAUGAUAAGGUGAAGGGUACAUUUGGAUUUUAACCCUUUAACUCUCAAUAUCUGACUGAAAACUCUACCCUCUAGCUGCCACACAUUUUCUCUUAAAUUAGUUACAAGAAUUUGGUGUUAGAUCAAGAUAACUACCUCCUAAUAGGUUUGAGUAAUCUCAUUACUUGUUUGUAGGGGGAUGUGUGGAUAUCUCAGGGAGAGGUCGCACUUCUGGGAGUUAAGGGGUUAAUUUAAUUUUUCCUCUAGUAUACGGCUUGUAAAUAAAUGAGGAACAAAGUAUCAAGUAUUUUGGUGUCCACAGCGUGAGGAUUAUUUCUUGAAUGCUGAAAGCAAAUAAAUGUGACGUUUUUGGUA